GCAAAGCAGGCCCCUGGAUUUCCAGCUCAAAUUCAAAUAGACGGGCAGGGCAGGCGACAUGGGAGCUCGCGACUGCGGGAGGAGUUUCCCUGCUCACCUACGCUUACAUGGGAAACAACAGCGCUCACCUACAACUCCUUUAUAACCGACACCUGGCUGACGUGUGAUUGGUGUCUUUCGGGCCUUUUAAUAUACCCUGUCCCUCAUGGAUGACAGUAAAUAUUUGAAAUAUAAAUGAGAAGAAGUUAGUAGUGGAAAAAACAAUACCUCCGGCAAGCAGGUGCCACACCUCUAUCGGCGUAGCAGAUAACGUUUCUAAGGGGUGCCAGCUGGGAGUACAGUGAUAAGAGCACAGCACCAGCCUGAACGGACUGAAUGAGCUGGGUGUCCCUUAUAUGGGCGUCCACAUUGGCUAAGAACGCUCUGCCGAGGCCCCUUGCUGUAGCAGUUGUGCUACACCACUGACCAGAUGGGGUGCAGUUGCUGUAGGAUGAUUAAAAGGGCUUCCAGAAAGAGGUUGUCGGAUUUAUUUUGUGUGUGCAUGUAAAAUGCGGGCACAUGCAAGAUGGGCCCUAGAACUGAGGAGGGGAGGCGUGGAAAAUCUCUCUUCCAAACAAGAUACUCAAAGUUACAUCUAUGACCCCUCAGUUUCUGUCGACAUUCCCAGGCGGAAAAGUGAGAGCUGCAUUAGUACACAGUACCAGCAGAAAUCCAUAGUGUCUGACAGUAGCCACAAAGUACAAGGCUUUCACAACUUGGGCUACAGCAGCGGGAACUCCGAGGCGUUUGAGAGGGAUCCCGAUAAAUUGCGGAUCGACAACAAUGAGAUCAACCGCCUGCACACCAGUCCGGCCCCCAUGGAGCCGGGCCUCGUGGGGGGACAGAACCUGUACAUUCUCCAGGUGGGAAACAAUCUGCAGAACUGCACGGUGCCAAACACAGCAAAAGCCUCACCCAGUGUGCCUUCAGAGUGUUCGGCCGGCACAGACAGGAGUCUGCAGGGGGACACCUGGACAGGCCUGCCUUCCGGAAAGUGGCUGGAAGGCCUGGCGCAGGUGGACAGGACAGAGUCUUAUGCUAGCAUGGCUAGUCUGUCCACUGUAGAAACCAGAGUGAGCCACCUGGAAUCAGAGGAUGCCACAGUGUUGCCUGAGCUGGACACGCAGGGUGGGGGCGACGCUCGGGAGAAUGGUGGGGACUCGGAGGACCGCGGGAGUGUGCUGGACUCGGACGUGGCUGAGGCACUGGCCGCACUGGAAGCAGCUAUGGCGGGUGAGGACUGUGACUGAAUACAGUACUGGCUGCAGGCAUCUGGAGAUUACCCAGAAUGCCAGCUGGCUUCCUUACUUGUGUCUAUGACACAGAUACUGCAUGUACCCUUAUGGAUAAAGGAUUGUCACAUAUGCUAAAGCAUUUCACACUAGCAUAUGAACAGGGAAUAUAUUCUGUCUGUCAAAAACACAGAAAAUGGCAUUUAUUAACACUAAAUUUGUAUGCUUGACCGUGUGCAUAUAGGGCGUAACUGUAUGCAUGUGCAUGACGGCUGAGGAAUUAGCGUGGGUUUAUGAAUGAUGCUGUGUGUUUUGACUCAUUGGUCACGUAUUGACUCUUCAGUGACGUAUUCCUUUUUAAUACUGAAUGUAUAUAUAUUAAGAUUGGUAGUGGACUAUGUGCAUGUUUUGUAGUCAGAUCAAACGUUCAUCUUAUUCUUCCCUCUAAGCUUCUAAAACAUGUUGAUCCAAAUACUGACCCCCGAGACUGUCUACAACAUGUCUGUCUGAAUGCCGGCCCUUUUUUUGGUAGAGAAGAGGCACAAAUCCCAUUUCCAGAUUGGUUCUCCAUUUCUGUGCUCCUAGCAGUGGCCAUAUACUGUGAAUCUACUGUUUUAUGUCGCUCCAGGGGUUUUUAAUCGUCUGCGGCACUGAAGCCUUACAAGCUGCUGGGACGCAUCCUCAUCGAAUGCACAAAGCUUGUUUUUUUGUUUUAUAUCAACCUGAUCAUUCUAUGCGUGUCCUGUCCAGUUAUUUAUACUGUGCAUUCAUCUCUUCUGUCUAAACAUGUAUUUUUAAGUGUAGAUUUGAUUCGUAAUCCCUCCAUUUGAAUGGGCACUGUGGCAGGUUUUGGGAGCAAUGCAGUAGCCUUGGACGGUGUGUGUGUGAGAGAGAGAGAGAGAGAGAGAGAGCGAGCCCUGAAUUCAUUGUGAUACUGAAACAUCUGAAUCAAAGUUGACAGAUGUGCCACAUUAUGCGAAUAUUUUAGCAACUGUACUAUACCCUGUCACAAAGACUUUUUUUUUUAUUAUCAUUUUUACACUUUAGUGAAGGUCAUUAUCCAUUGAAGGAAUCUCCAUGUGUUAUGUCUUGUUUAACGCGUGUAUGUUUGUCAGCCGCUGUGUAUGGCCUAUGGAGUGUGUGUGCGUGUGUGCGCGUGCAUGUUUUUGUUUGCCAUAUUACUGCCAAGUAGUUGAUUGCUUAAAAAGUCAAUUAAACCCACAAUGUUCCCUGACCUCAAUGCUGGAAUGCAUUUACUGUGUUUUACUGCUCCCUGGAGCGUGAGUCUGCAUGACUGUGCUUGGAGAUGGUGACGCGCUCUCCUUUGGAAAGCAGGGUAGCAUGAGCGUCAGCAGCUCGCAAUAUAACGCAGACCUGCUCCUUUCUGCACGCCUCAGAUCCUUAUGCUGUGAUAACAUCGCCUCCCCACCCCCACCGGGACACGAAUAUACAAAUGGGCAACUUUGCAAAGCUUUCUCAAACAUGCCUUUCCCCGGCAUAUGCAAAGUACUUUGGGUCAGUGCUGCCAGUGCCUUACACGCUGCCCGCCGGGCACACCUGCUCGCUAUCUGCCAGGGAAGGAGGAGAGCAGGCCGCCGCUGGCAUGUGAACUCGCUUAACGUGCUCGGUGCGGCACAGGUGUUCCGUCGGCUGAGAGUGCGGAGAGGUUUGUCGUCGUCGUCUGCUUCUCCAUUUGCUCAGUCUCCCUCGCUUAGUGGGAACGGCGCUUCAGGGCAGACACAUGCGGACGGCCAUUCAGGGUGCCUGAUUAAACGUGCCCCGCUUUCAGCAUCUUGGUGCUCCUUUUCAACAACAGACGAUCAUUCAAAAUUGACUUUAUUAGGGAAAAAUGUGAGCAGCACCUGCCCUUCAAUGUCUUUACAUGGCCCUGCUUUGGAGCGAUUCAAGUCCUUCACUAACCCUGCCUGGUUAUUUAAAUAGCAUGGGCAAGUUGAAGGUUACUUAAGUUCUCUUGUAGUCUGAAUUCAACUGGGUCAUCGCUUGCUAUUUAUAAGGUACCCACGGUGAGCUAAAUGAAUAUUGUAUCUGAGCAUGUGUACGGUGUCCCGGAGCCACAGUGUUGCUCUAGUGACUGUGUGCAUCUGCCUAUAGGUGCAGUUCUCAAGUUACUAUGUACGAUCGCAACCAUCUGUGUACAGUAACACUGCUCAUCAGAUAAUGCAGCACAGAGCCGGAUCCUGCCAACUGUAAUGUCACCUGUGGCAAGCUUCAAAUCGCAAGAAAACAAGAAAAACUCUUUAAUUUCAAUGAUGGGAUUAUGCCUAGAUGGAAAAUCUUUUUUCGGCAACUAUUUUCGACUAUUGUGUGCAGGGUCUGUUCGGUAAUCAAUCUUCUUUCAUUAAAUGAAUCUUAAAAUGUGUGUGUUGCAAUAUAAUUUGCCGACUAUUGGAAACCUAUUUAAAAACAUAUUGUGAAAUGUCAGUUUCUGAAUGUGUACCGGAUAAAAUUCUGUUAUCCAGGUUUGUGUUUUUGAAAAGGUAUUAAACAUGUUAUGAAUUUUUCAA